GAAAAACAUACAUAAAAAAUCUUAUCUUUUCUAAAUUCCAAAUUCCAAAUUUUUCAACUGAUUUCCUUUUUAACAUUGCAAAAACAGUAACAUGAGUAAAAGGCCUUUAGGUCCCGGACCCGGUGCUUACAUGCUGCCGCCGAAUGUUGGCUAUGAAAAUCAUGAUGCUCGUAAGCAACGUAUGCCACAGUACUCGUUUGGCACACGCUCAUACAAACACGAAAAACUGAUUGGCCCAGGACCGGGAGCCUAUAAGGUUGAUACCUUAACGCGUUAUGGCAUAAGUCGUGGAAAUCAAUUUACGAUACAGGGCAGAACAUAUGUGAAAGAAAAACGAUUUGGUCCAGGACCUGGUGCACAUGACGUACAUCUAAAGCCGUUCUUUAAGGGCACUGAUGCGCCAGCAUAUUCUAUGUCUUGGCGCAAUGCCUAUAACUUCAAGAGCUCUACACCUGGUCCCAAUGCAUAUGGUGUGGAUGUGUCACCAAUUAAACCGGGAUUUCCAGCAUACAGCAUGGGCAUGCGGUGUGGUAUAUCGGGUAAACAACAUUCACCUGGACCAGCUGCUUAUGGUGCUGGAAAUCUUUCGGUUAAACUACCACGUAGUCCUGAGUAUUCAAUUGCCGGACGAAAUCCUUACUAUUACAAACAAAUUGGCCCUGGUCCAAACUAUUACGAUCUAAUGUACUACCGUCCCGGCAAAUCUGGACAGGCUUACUCGUUCGGUAUACGGCACAAUGAGUUUGCGCCACCAAUGAUUGUUAAGUGUGAUAAUAUGUGAUUGCAAUAUUAGGAAGAAAUCAUAUUUCUUAUAUUUUGGUACUUACUUUGAAGAUAAAAGUUUCGAAAGUUCUACUAAAUUAUACAAUUGAUUAUAUAGAAAUAAUAAACUAAACCGAAAUAAGUUCUUGAA